CUUCAGGAUGUUUUUGUGUAAUAGAUAUUUAUUUAUCUUUAGUAAUAAACAUAAACAGUAUGGUUUAUUUUCUUUUAUUCUAUUUAUACUACAUUGUCUCUAAUGUUUCUUUCACCGCUUCCAUUCAACAAUAGCUCUUAGACAACAUUUUUUCAAUUUGGUGGUUCUCCAUUCACCAAACAUGGAAGAAUUAAAAAGAUGCGUUGAGGAACUUUCUUCUAGAACCAAUGAAUGUGCGGACAAAUAUAAAAAUCGGUUAUACCGAUUAUUGUCGCAAACCCAACUAUUUGGUAACAACAUUGAUGACAUUUUACCGAAAUUGUUUGCCCUUAUACACAGAGGUGCAAUUCAAAGGGAUUUGAUGUAUUUAUGCUUAUUAAGUAAUGACGAUACAAAGGCAAUCUCAAUGUUCCUGGAGUAUGAAAAAAGUUCAUUUCAGUUAGACCUCAAGGAUUCAUCAUCUCUGUAUGAUUUUUGUGUCUUUACUAAUAAGCAUUGGCUUUUGGAAACUAUACAGAAUAAUGUGAUAGAUGAAGAUCAAUUCUCUAUUAAGAUUGUGUUAAUAUUCCGCAUUCUCCAGUUAAUUGCGGCCAGUAAUGAGGAAAACAUCAAUUUGCAAAAAAUAAAUGAAUACAUCCAACUUAUAAAUACUCAAAAUAAUUCAUUUAUUGAACAAUAUAUACAUCGGUUAAAUAAUAUUGUGGAUAUUACUCGUAUAUGUUCAGAUGUUUCAAAUUCGGAUGUUUAUUAUUACGCGGCGACUCAUACUCCUUUGAAUACUUUCUCGACAUUUCUAAACUUAGGGUCGUCUUCAAUCUGUGAUGCUAUAUCUGCCAAACUAAGCACGACCGAAGAUCCCUUAGAAAGUGACACAUUCGCUGGUUUUAACAUACUAUCAAAUUUGUUUGACUGCCUUAAAAUGUGUAAGAAUGUAAUUUCCGGCCGAAAUCUGCAAUAUAAAGAUGAGAUAUCCGAUAAGAUUAGUAUUAUAAAAAUGAAAUUAACAAAUUUGCGCGAUUUCAAAAUGCAAGUCGAGAUACUGGAGAACAUAUUCGUACUAUUAUUUCUACAGGAGAAGCACUUGAACGGAUGCCCCGAUAAAAACGGAAACAAUUUUUACUGUACUGAAAAGGAAGUACGUCUAAUUCUAAUGCUAUUAAAAACUGUUAUGGAUAAUAUGAAAAUCGAAACGACCCAUAAACAAUCUGAUGAAUAUCGCAGAUUUACAGAGUUGAACAGGAACGUGUCCGAUGGACUUUGGAGACUGGAAUUGCUAGUUUCGGACUUGAACAAGAAAUACGAAAAGAAUGUCAUUUCAUAUCUACUGUCGUCACCCGAGUCGCUGAUUCACUUAAGUCUGAAGCAGAACGACUUCAACAAGGCGCAUCAAGUUAUUCAGAUAUUCAACAUACAACACAGCAACAUCGCAUCGGAAAUAAACUACAGCGUCAAUUUUAUUGAUCUCAAAGCAAACCUGCGAAAAUCGUACAAAAUGCAACAAAUUGCGCAGAAAAACCCGAAUAUUAGUGUAGAUUGCCAUUCCAGAGAGGAGAUUCUUAAUGAAUUUUUCAAAACAAAUUAUAUCGAAAGCCGGGAACCAGAGGAAAAUAGCUCGAAUCGGCAUUUAGUCGAAAAUAUAGGCCCUCAAACAUUCAAGUUUAUGACGAUUGUCGAUCUAAUUCUGACUUUGCCCAAUAGCGCGGACGAAUGUCGCGACUUAAUUAAAUUAGCCGUUACCUAUAGUGAUGCGGAUAUUGACGAACAGCAUUUAAAUUUCUUUAAAAGAAUCACUGAGGCUUUCACAGUAAUAGACACAUUGUCCAUGAAAGAAAUUUUAUGCAACUCUGAAUUUGAACUCAACACUGACCAGCAGAAAUCAAAGGAGUCAUUCUAUAUCCAACUGCAGAAUCUUGCAAAUGUGUUUUGCAAACAAUUGGAGACUACAAACGAUGGCAAGCUAAACGAGAAACACUCCGCCCAUAAGAUUUUCAUCAAAUUGCACCAGCUGUUCUUAAGUAAUUAUACCGAAGGGAAAGAACAUAUGCGUUAUCUCCUACGAUUGUUUAAUUACCUCAAGGGGUUUUCCAAAAUAUUUUACGUUGAGCAAAAUAAUUCUGAUGUUAUUUCAAAGGGUAAAAAUACAUCUUUGUUUACAAUUUUAACUAUGGGUAGAUCGGAGAUCUUGGAGAAAUUGCUUUUUGAAAGAAAUCUUGAUAUUAGCGACUUUGAGCAGUUAUUUCUUAAGCUUAAACUGGAUUUAGUGUAUCAUGUCGCUUCGAUUUUUUUCCCGAGUAUUUCUUUGAGCAGUUCUUAUGUAUCAGAAAGGAAAGAAUUGAGACCUCCAAAUGCGCACGUGAUUACAUACAUACAAAAGCGUAAUUGGUUGUUGGCUUACAUACUGAAGAAUAUUUACAAGAUCGAAGACUCGGAUGUCGUUUUAAAUGAAGUUCGUAUAAAAGCCCUCGUUAAUUUUCUUAAACUGCCGCGCAUACAGCACCUGACAGACUUGUACAACAAUAAUGCCAUGGUAACCGCUUUGCAACAGAGCAUAAACCCGUCCAUUCUGAAAGAAUAUUUUGAUAAACGCACUGUGAAAAUCAAUGACGAAAUCCAACCCGGAUUUUUGCUGGGAUCACAAGUUAGCACCGGGAGCUUGGAAACUGGUGAAGAGAUAUUCGAGGGAAGUCUCAAGAUCACCGAUUGGAAGCAUUUGUUUGAUAUAAUCGACAACAUUCCUCAGUAUCAACUGUGCAACAAUGCGGAACUUAUGGAUCUACGCGACAAGGUCCUCAUCGAAUUAGUGAGCGACUGCUUUGAACCAGAUUUUUAUAAAUACGUGCAGUAUAUCACUAAUGAUCGACUGAGAUGCGAGUGUAUUUUGAAUAAUUUUACCACGUGGCCGGGAGAAUUUUGUAUUAGUGUUAUGAAAUCGGAAAUGUCAAGUUUUUCGCCGAUCGAUCAAGAAUGCCGAGCGAAAUUUAAGGAAUGGUGUGAAACGAUUGACUUGUGCGAGAAGAUAAGGAACAUGUCAAAUAAAGACACAUGGUUUGAGGUAUGGCAAUUGUCUAGCAAUAAACCAAGCGAUAUACUUCAAACUCUUAUAACAACGGUGCAUGUGGAAAUACUGUUGCAGUUUAUUGAUAUCUUUGAAAUCGAUUCUAAAAUGCUAGAAAGCAUAGAUGAACACUAUUUCAUAGCUUUAUUCGAUUCAAUGGAAUAUUCCAAAAUCGAAGUUUUAUUGAGUAAAUUACCCAUCGAGUACGCCACUUCGAUAUGCCAUAAUUUGGUUACAACACUGCGAAAUUUAGAGCACCUUAGCUUUACAGUCGAUAUUAUUUCGAAAUGGAAUCUAGUUGAUCAUAACAAUAUUUUAAAAGACAUCAAAAUUAGCCUAUCGAUACUUUCGUGUUUUACCCAGUCGGAACAGGAGAAUUUAUGGUGCCUAAUUGCGGAACCGUCAACAAUCGUAGAGAUGCUGGUUAUGAAUACUCGGUUGGAGAAGUUGGGUCAAGUACUCGAGAAAAUUCGGCCGGAUCUUGAAAAUUGCGAAUUUGACGAGAGCGAAUUGUCCCUUGAGAAGAUUGACGACAUUCUAAGGACGUACGCAGAGAAAAGCUUGGAAUUUCGUGUUGUGCUCCAGCCGGAAGUGAAGUUCAUCAACUCGCCAGAGAGUAGCAAGCUGUUACAAUCGUUGGAUUCGAUUAAUUUCACAACGGCUCCCAAGUACUUUGUCAUGCCUGAAAUGGUACCUGCUAAAACUGAAUGGGUGGAAAAUUACGAGGUAACUGAGUGCAUGUGCUGUGCACAAACAACAUUUUCAAUGUUCAAUAGACGUCACCAUUGCAGAAGAUGUGGAAGGGUGGUUUGUGGUACAUGUUCUGUAAAACGCAUGCAUGUGCCAACCUAUGAAAAUAUUUUGGUACGAGUUUGCUUAGAUUGUUACGAUCAGGCUCAGCAAGAUGGAGCAGGCACCUCAUCUUCUAAAAGUGAGGCGUCAAUAAGAACACUAGCCGUUGAUUGGCUGCUUACCGAUGACACUACGCAUAACGAAAUUGUUAGAGAAGAGUUUUCAUACGAGUAUGCGCCAAGCGUCUCCCUUUGCCUCUCCAUUUUAAAGCAUCAUUCUAAAAAUGAGGAAUAUCCCAAGUUUCUCUUGGAUCAAUGUGACGCGAUGUUACGAUUGUUGCAGCCAAUGUAUUCAGAGUCAUUACAAGAGAUUGACUACCUAUUGGUGAUAAAGAUGCUCAAGUCCCUUGCGAUUGCAGCAAAAAUGUUGUCCGCUCAAUGUAUGCUACAAUGGGGAUCAUCUCUCGCCGAUAGAAUAUUGUCACAGGCAGACCUGUUGGGAUUGUUGGCGGAACGUGAUUGCUUGCAUUUAAUUCCAACUACAACGCCCAGUCAAGUUCGAUAUAUAGAUGCGAAUACUUUGAGACGUCUUCGUGAUAAAUUAUUGGAACGAGAGCAAUGGAAUUUGGCACUUGAGGUCUCAACAAAGGCUGGUCUCGAUAACGCAGGUGUUUUUGCCGCUUGGGGAAAGAGUUACUUGAAGGCAGGCAGUCUUCAAAGGGCAAGAGAAAAAUUUCAGAGAUGUUUUGAUAAAACGGCUCACUAUGAGACCUCCACCGAAUUAAGUAAUAGCUAUUCAAGUACACAAUUACCACAUUAUCUCUCAAAAGUGUUGCACUCCUCCGAAAACAGACCGAUAAAAAAUCCUCCGCUUCUGAACGAAAUAAUUCAAAUCCUUGAAUCAUACACAACCAUCAUCGAUCCUAAGAUUGUAAAGGAGGUAAAAAUGUCAAACACUCUGCUGUCCUCGACUUGCAGCUUAAACAGUAGCACAACGUCUGUACAGAACGAUAUGGCCGUUUGUAUUCUAAAUAAAUUAAGAAAUUUGAAUAACGUCAUGAAUGGAAAUUAUUCCGCUUACUCUGAUACUACGGAGUCUAUGUCAUCAGUGGGCAAAACGAAACCGUACCUAGAACCACUGUUUUAUGAGGAAUGCGUUUACUACCUAACCAAGUAUGGGUCGCACAUUAGUGUACUCGAAUUCUAUUUGAAACAUUCAGAUUAUCAUCAAUGUCUGAAGUAUAUGUUAGAUCAUAGAUUGAACUCGGAUUACUUCAUCGACGUAUACAUGCUGUGUUUAAAAGAAAACUGUGUGAGCGAGCUCCAUGAAACAAUGUCAGAAAUUGAUUCCACCUUAGACAUCUGGAAGGAUUACCUAAAACACAUUUGUCGACAUUUAGAAAAGCAGUCCAAUCUUAACUCUCUGUACGAGUUACAGCAAUUCAUGGGAGACUUUGUCAGAGCGGCAUUAACUUGUAUUAAAUUUUACAAGGAUGAUGCGGCCACAUUUACGGAAUUAACUGGAAAAGUUGACUACCUACAUAAGGCCCAGCAGCAUCUGCAACAGGAGCUGGAACAAGAGCAAUGGGUUGAAGUGGCUUCAGUUCGUAAGCCAAAUAUGGACUCUCAAGAUAGUUUUGAGGCAAAAGGUAUUGCAAAUCCUUCUCUGGUUAUGAAGAUCGAUACGAGAAAUGUUGACAAGCAUAUUAACACCAUCUCGCGACAAAUUGAAGUUGCAAAAUUUUUGGCAGAUUGUGAAUUCUCCUCCGCUCCAGUCAUGCAAAUUUUACCUGAAAUUUUACCUUUCGUUACUGAAGAUGCCUCAUUUGAUAGUUUGCACAAGACAAAAAUUCCAACAUUAUUUGGUUCGUAUUAUGAAAGAGUGCAAUUAGCAGUUCUAGCAAUCGUAUGUGGAACUAACAUUGAGGAUGGAUUUGGUAUCGCUUACAGGAUUAUUACGGAUCAUAAAUUGAGCGCCGUCAAAGUGUAUUGCCAGGCGGGCAAGCAACUCGCUAAAAGUGAAAAAUACAAUUCCAUUGCCCAGUUGGUAAAUUGUAUUCGUUCAAGUGGUGUUAGUGAUUCAGCCGUAACCGAUAUGUGCGAUGAAAUGCUUAUACUCGCCGUUCAGACGUUGACCAAGACAAAUGUCUCCGGCCCUCAGUUAGAUGGAUUAAUAAAAUUAAUUACGGACCGUGCGGCUAAGAUAUCGGCUUAUAUCGAAUCUAAACAAUUGAAGACUGCGUAUCUGUUGGCUGUGAAACACAAGAGGAUGGGAGAUAUUCGGAGAAUUCUUAGAGAAGCAGAGUUUCUAAAUCAGCCCAGCAUUAAGACAUUAUGUCAAAAAAUUUUACAUUCUCAUUCACAUUUCCCUUCGCAUUCAAAAGACUGAAUUAUGUGGUAUUUCAAGUUACCUGAAAUUGUUUUUGGUGCAUAUUUUUAUUACUGCUGUGAUUAUUUGAACAAAUUAUAUUGUUUAUACCAUAUAUUUUUUAAUAUAUACGUACCUUGUA